UCAAAAACAGGGGAUCAUAUCCUUAUCCUUGUGCCAGACCUUUUGUUUUCGUUACCUAAACCUAAAUCCAGACCAACCUGUUAUAUUAUCCUCUUCUCCUACUUGUCUCUGGUUAUCGUUGUCUUUCACAUGAAUCACUGAUAUAAAAGAAUACUCUGAGUCAGAAGAAAGCUUAAAGCAGUGAAAUUGAUUGCAAUUACAAAUGCAAAUGCCUCCUACAGCCUCAUCGUCUUUCACCUGUCCCUUGCCACUUUCCUCUCCUUCUUUUGUAACUUCUUCUACUCCCCCUUCUGUUUGCUGUCUAGCCAAAUUCACUACCACUUAUAAUUGCAAACGACUCUUAUUGCCCUUUUCCUCACGCCUCAAAUUCCAUACUCCCUCUAAUCAACCCACCCUCAUGAUACGAGCUACCGUUUCCAUCGAGAAGGAAACGCCGGAGACCCAGCGGCCGAAUACAUUUCUCCGGGAAUCUGAAGGUGGAGACGUGCGAGCCCGCUUCGAGAAGAUGAUAAGGGACGCCCAGGAUAGUGUGUGCGAGGCCAUUGAGGCAGUCGAUGAAGCGGGUAAGUUCAAGGAGGACGUCUGGUCCAGACCAGGAGGUGGGGGAGGCAUCAGCAGAGUCUUGCAAGAUGGCGCCGUUUGGGAGAAGGCUGGAGUCAAUGUGUCGGUUGUCUACGGAGUCAUGCCCCCGGAAGCUUAUAGGGCUGCCAAAGCUGCUUCUGCCGAUCAUAAGCCUGGACCCAUCCCAUUUUUUGCUGCUGGGAUCAGCUCUGUGUUGCAUCCAAAGAACCCAUUCUCACCAACAUUGCAUUUUAAUUAUCGCUAUUUCGAGACCGAUGCUCCCAAAGACGUCCCUGGAGCACCUAGGCAAUGGUGGUUUGGUGGCGGGACUGAUUUGACUCCUGCUUACAUCUUUGAGGAGGAUGUGAAGCAUUUCCAUUCAAUUCAAAAAAAAGCCUGUGAUAAAUUUGAUCCUACUUUUUAUCCCCGGUUCAAAAAGUGGUGUGAUGACUAUUUCUAUAUUAAGCAUCGAGGUGAGAGGCGAGGACUUGGGGGAAUAUUUUUUGAUGAUCUAAAUGACUAUGAUCAAGAUAUGCUUCUUUCCUUUGCCACUGAGUGUGCGAAUUCUGUGGUACCUGCAUACAUUCCCAUUAUAGAAAAAAGAAAGGAUAUGCCAUUCACUGAUCACCAUAAAGCAUGGCAACAGUUACGAAGGGGGCGCUAUGUAGAAUUUAACUUGGUUUAUGAUCGGGGUACAACAUUUGGGCUGAAGACGGGGGGUCGAAUUGAAAGUAUUCUUGUCUCUCUACCACUAACUGCACGGUGGGAAUAUGACCAUAAACCUGAACAGGGAAGUGAAGAGUGGAAGUUAUUGGAUGCGUGUGUCAAUCCAAAAGAAUGGAUCUAAUUUUCCUCCGAAUAAGCAUGAUGUUUAGACUUAUUAUUUCUCCUCAUUUUUUCCUGCUUUGCUUCUAUCUAUAUUAUAUUUUAUUUAGCAGAUGUUUUUGUAGCUGAAAUAAGAAGCCUAGCAUAAAAGCUGCCAUUUACUAAUCAUGAAAGGUAAAAUGAUUUUGGUUUCAAAA